AUGACAGUGCUUAAAGACGCGCUUUCGCGAUCCGAUACAUUUUUGCGACCCCGGUCGGAAUAUAUUUCGAGUCCCGGCGUGCAAUCCGACGAUUCUACACCUUCAACGCCAGAUAAAGACCACGAACGAAAACCACGAACUGUGCGAAAACCAUCGCCCGGUCUUGCUGCUCGACUUGCAGCGUUAGGUUUUGGAAAAGAUCCCGAUCCAAAUUCAGCAACGACAACGUCACCAGUUGACCGAAUUGGCCGCAUUCCUGAAGAUCAAAUUCGCCAACUUGAUCACCUCCACCGCGCUAAUUCUACGAGUUCACAUAUUCACCGACGAGGUCGAGCUUGGAGUGGCAGCAUUGGUCUCUUGACUCCUCAAGUAACUGGAGGUAGCUUUAAAGAGACCAACCUCCGAGAGAUUAACAUUAGUGACACGCGAGUACUUGACGGUGCCACGCAGUCAACGCCUUCGUUUGAUAACUUUGGUCAUCAGGACAUGACAACAAAUGUUGACCUUAUAGGAAUGGAUUCGCAGAAGUAUCGGUUACCAGAACAUACAAAUAGAAAUGGCACGAAAACAAUGGCAGAUAUAAAGCAGGCGCACAUCGAACGAUCAAUACCUCCUGUAGAAGAGAUUGAAAUACCUCCACCUCCUAUUCAAAAAGACGAAACACCUCCACCUCCUAUUCACGAAGACGAGACACCUCCACCCCCCAUAGCUAAAGAUACUCCGCCAACUGCGACAACACCCAGCGAAUCUUCAAAUGACGUUUCAUCCUACUUCAAUCCCUUUGGUCAUCAACGGGCCGGCUCAAUUUACACGUUAUCGCGAGCGUCUUUUGCAAGUCAACUUGCUCAAUUGACGUCUUUGCAACUACCAGAUGCAGCCUCGUUGUCAACGAAAAUAUCCGCCAUUCCCAGCUCAAAAUCUGCCUCAAAGGCAUUGAUGGGAGCCGCAGAACAAAUUAAAAGUUGGAUAUCGAAAGCAUCAGAUGUUGUCUCUGGCCUAGAUGGAGAGGAUGAUGUGGAAUGGGCAGCAGCUGGCGGCAGAGAAGGUUUGGAGGAAGUGGAUAAUGCGAUUACACGCUUCGAAAAAUUAAUUAAUGUUUACGUAUCAGCCAUCGAGUCUUUACAAGAACGUCCGGAUAUUGCUACGGUUCCUGCAGACGAACUUCAAAAGGUUGUACUACAGGUAGAGAGCAUCCUUCAGGAAUGGGAAAAGAUAAGAAGAAACCUCAAGGGUGUGAAAAACUCGGUUGAGAUUGCUAUGGAAUGGGAGGAAUUAUGGAAUACAGUUUUGGGAGAUAUAGGCAAUGAAGUGGACAUUCUGGCGCGACUCGUUUUUGAAAUGGAGGAGAAGCGGCACAAGUCCUUGGCAGAAGCCGACAAUGACGGAGUUGAUAUCAAAGAGCUGGAGACAAUUGUAGAAGAAACGCCCUCAUCUAAGUCGAGGUUACAGGCCAAUAGUCGAUUUGGUAUGACAUCUUCAGCAGCCUUUCCCCUGAGCCCCAACUCGCCAGUUACACCGAUAAUGGCGCAAGACGAUUCAAGCCUCUUAGCAUUGUUUGCAAGAAUGCAGCCCCUGAGAGCUUCUUUGGACUUUUUACCUAUGAGGUUAUCAACGUUUCAUGCUAGAGCCGAAGCAAUAUUUCCCACGGCUUGCGACGAGCUGGAAAGUCGACGAGGUGGUUUGGAGAAAAGUUGGAACUCUCUCGAGAAGGAUGCUGAAUCAUUACGAAGGGAACUUGGCGAAGAUCGUUGGGUUCUCGUCUUCCGCGGUGCGGGUCGACAAGCUCAGAAAAUGUAUGAAUCUGUCGAAAGAAGUUGUGCCAAGUUGAAGGAGUCUCUCGAUACCGGUGUUCAUCUAAACAACCCUGCUACAAUGGGCAAGAAGAUCGAAAGUUACGAAGCGAAGAAGAUGCACUACGGUCCAGCCAUUGAAAGAGUUCUAUCAAUCAUCGAGAAAGGAGUGAAGGAUCGCCUCACAGUCAAUGGUGAAAUCUUGAGAUUACACUCAGAUAUGCAACAGAGGUGGGAUUCAUUGAAAAAUCAAAUGAACGAAUUGGACACAACACUCGAAGAACUCCAGUCAGAUCGCAGAAACCAGCAGCUCAGAGAUUCAAUUUCGAGUAUGGUUUCGAAUGAUCGAUCAACCAUUGGAAGCUUGAACAAUGACACACCAGGAAGUUCGCCAGCAUCCUCAGUGAUCAUGUCAAAUUUAAGUAGUAAACUUGACCCAACUACACCCGCAAGAAAUGGAAAGCUACGUUCCAAUGGCAGAAGUAGUGCGGCUGGAGCAAGAAGAAAUUUAAGUGCUGGACAACCUCCUCGAUCUUUUAGUCGAGCUUCCCCAUCCCCUAUUCCUCCCCGUCAAAGCUCUGCAACACCAACUGGUCGACUCCCCCGACCUUCCAAUACACCUAGUGACAACCGACCUCGAUGGAAUACCAGCACUAAUACCAGUGAUAUACUUAUUGGCCAUGGUUUCAAACCUCUUAGUGUCACAACACCAAGCUCCACCCAAUCGAAUCGGUCUACUAGAUCCAAUACUUCUGACUCCAAGAUACCACUACGAAGCCCACUGGGCCGCGGAAACACAGCCUCUCCGGUCAUACGAGAACCUACAACUCCUUCGGGCAAUAGACCGGCUUCACGAACAGUACGACGUGACCUCUCUACCCCUGGACCAUACUCCCAGCAUACACUAUCAGUUAAUUCACCUUCCCGUCCCCGUGUUCUGGUUAGCAAGUCUUCCAUGUCCAAUUUGACAGGCAAUAACCGUCGCUCCUCGAUGCAACCCUCAUACUCAUAUGAAGCCAGAGCUAGCAGCCCGGUAGUUCGAAGACCCGCUAGCUCGUUAGCUACCAGCAGAAGGAUAAGCCUUCUUCCUACCCCACGGGGCAGAAACUCGGAAAUGGCUGGCAGGGAUAGUCCCGCACCAAACAGAGGCAGCAGCACAUCCACAACUGAUAGCAAAGGUAAUCCCAAGAAGCAAUGGAGACCAUAA